GCUUUGCGUAAAUUGCCAAAAUGGCGCCAAAGGUGUCAAGAAAUUAAGAUUUUGGAAGGAAAACACACAAAAAAGGGAAUAAACCUCAAAAAAUGAUGACUCGAAGAAAAUGGUAAAUCUAUCUGCCAGUUUACGUAACGCAGUUUCAACAAUGACAAGAAUAUUAAAUGUCGCUGAAAAGAACGAUGCAGCUAAAUCCUUGGCAGAAGUGUUGUCGAGAGGCAACUUUCGACGGAGAGAAGGACGUUCUGUGUACAACAAAAUUUAUGAAUUUGAGUACCAUCUUUUCAACAAGAAUUGCAUAAUGAGCAUGACCUCGGUGUCAGGUCAUCUUUUAGGCAUGGAAUUUACUGGUUUGUAUAAAAAAUGGACUAUGUGUAACCCUGUCAGUUUAUUUGAGGCCACAAUUCAGAAGUACUGUCCUCCAGAUUUUCUCAAUAUAAAGAAAACCCUGGAAGAAGAGAUACGUAAAUCUCAGGUAUUGAUUAUCUGGACUGAUUGUGAUCGAGAAGGUGAAAACAUAGGCUUUGAAAUUAUUCAAGUCUGUCAGGCAGUGAAACCUAACAUAAACAUCUACCGGGCAAGGUUUUCAGAAAUAACCCCACAAGCUGUAAAUCGUGCUUGCCAGAACCUUGCUGCUCCUGAUGAAAAUGUUUCUAUGGCUGUUGAUGCUAGAAUGGAGCUUGACCUUCGAAUUGGUGCAGCCUUCACUCGUUUCCAGACAUUACGACUUCAGAAAGUUUUCCCUGAAGUCCUUGCCGAGCACCUUAUUAGCUAUGGCAGCUGCCAGUUCCCUACCCUGGGAUUUGUUGUUGAACGCUACAAGCAGGUCGAAGCCUUCAUUGCUGAACCAUUUUGGAAGUUAAAAGUAACUCACAAAGUUGACGAUGUAGUUGCAGAAUUCACUUGGCAAAGGAAACAUCUGUUUGACUAUUUGGUGUGUUUGGUUUUUUAUGAACAUUGUCUUGAGUCUCCAACUGCUGUUGUUAGUGAUGUGAAAAGUCGGCAGAAGAGUAAAUGGCGUCCUCAGCCUUUAGACACAGUGGAACUCGAGAAGCUUGCCUCAAGGAAACUAAAAAUUGGUGCCAAGGAAACUAUGAAGAUUGCUGAAAAAUUAUAUACUCAGGGUAUCAUCAGCUACCCAAGGACAGAAACAAAUAUGUUUACCAAAGAAAUUGAUCUAAAUGCUUUGAUUGGAAAGCAAACUGAAGACCCAGCUUGGGGUGCUUUUGCAUCUCGUGUCUUGGAGGACGGUCCAAAUCCCAGGAAUGGCAACAAGUCAGAUCAAGCUCAUCCCCCAAUACACCCCACUAAAUAUUGUAACUCAUUACAGGGGAAUGAGAAGAAAAUCUAUGAGUUUAUUGUGCGUCAUUUUCUUGCCACUUGCUCACAGGAUGCUAAAGGCCAUGAGACCACCGUGGAGAUUGAAAUUGCUCAGGAAAAAUUUACCGCCAAUGGUUUGAUGAUUCUUGCCAAGAACUACCUGGAAGUCUACCCUUAUGAUAAAUGGUCGGAUAAGGAAAUUUCAAUUUACCAAGUUGGCCAAAGUUUUGAACCCACUUCCCUGGAGAUGUUGUCAGGUAAAACCUCACCUCCCUCUUUACUCUCAGAAGCUGAUCUUAUUUCUCUGAUGGAAAAACAUGGCAUUGGUACCGAUGCCACUCAUGCAGAACACAUUGAAACCAUCAAAAGUAGAAACUAUGUUGGAGUGAGAGAUGACGGCAGGUUUGUUCCAGGACAUUUAGGAAUGGGACUUGUGGAAGGUUAUGAUGCCAUGGGUUUUGCCAUGUCCAAACCAAACCUACGAGCAGAACUGGAAGCAGAUUUAAAGAAGGUCUGUGAAGGUCAGAAAACUAAAGAAGAUGUGUUGCAGGCACAGAUAAGGAAUUAUAAAGAAGUAUUUAUUAAAGCUGUUGAACAGGCACGAAAGAUUGAUGAAGCUCUUGGUAACUAUUUGGGAGAAUCUGUGCCAUACACAGAAUCCACGGUCAGUGACAACAUGGCUACUGUUGAGUCAGUGAAACGCUGCCCCAAGUGUAACCAAGACAUGCUGCUGCGACAGAGAAAAGACGGCAAAGGUUACUAUCUUGGCUGCAUUGGUUUCCCAGAGUGCCGAAAUGCCAUCUGGUUUCCUGAUUUUGUUCUCAAAGUUGAAGUUGAUGGAACCAUUUGUCCACGAUGCCAACCCGGUCCGGUCCAUUUGUUGCGGUUCAAAUUCCGACCAGGCUACGUACCACCCAUGAUACCAACAGAGUACGUCGGAUGUAUUGGAGGCUGUGAUACUUUUCUGAUGGAAGCUUUAGACAUUCAUUCUUCCCAAAACCGUCAAACGUCAUCUUCACUCAACAAUAGAACCCCUUCGACACAUGGUGACAGUGGCUAUGGAAGUGAAGGGUCCAACAACUCCUUAGGGAACAACCGAAAUUCAUUUCAGUCACAAAGAACAAACAGGAACAUAACUAGUGGCAGCUGGCAGUCAAAGAGAGGUGAACCCCAGAUGAAGAAGCCUGGCAUGUUGAAUGUACAAUCUCGACCUAGAACAGCCUUGAAUAAUAGAGAUGGGGACCGGUCUGAUGCCACGACUAUUGUUUGUGGCUGUAAUGUAGAUGCUAUCUUAUUGACCGUACGCAAAGAGGGACCUAAUACAGGUCGACAGUUUUAUAAAUGCAACAGCAACACCUGUGAUUUCUUCCUGUGGGCUGAUCAAAACUCAAGUUCCACCACUUCAAGCAGUUCUUUUCCCUCAAACCCUGGAUCGUCAAGACCCCAAUACCGUUCAUCACACAGUAAUGCUUCUGAGCAAACAGUCAGCUGUCAAUGUAAUUUAGAAGCUAAACACUUAACAGUUCAGAAAGAAGGUCCAAAUAAAGGGAGAAAAUUCUUUGCUUGUCCUCAAAGCAGAGAUGUUGGUUGUAAUUUCUUCCAGUGGGAUGACAAUUCAACCUCAUCAGGCGGUGGUAAUUCUUACUCUUCCCAACGGUUUGGCAACCAUGACAACAACAGACACCAGGCCAAGAAACAGAAAACCAACCAAAGUGGUGAAAAUAAACGGGCUUCUCCGAAAUGUGGAAUAUGUGGCACAAUAGGUCACACGAAAAGAACAUGUCCCCACAAAAUGGAUUUUUAGGAUUGAAAAAUGUAAAUAAAUAAUCUUUAUUCUUGUAAUAAAAUAUAUUUUAAAACCUGAA